CGACGAUUAUCGUCAUCGAGGAAAAAUUCUGAAUUAGUAAACCUUGGCUUUAUCAGCAAGCUCUCCAACUAUCUGUGCUUUGACCUAUCUGGUUGCACUUUGAACAAUGACAGGCUCCACCACCUUGUUCAGCAAUACGUAUCAGCUGUACAAAAGCUACACCAGCGAUGUUUGUCAAUGGCUCAUGGACGCCGCUGGUUACAAACAGGCCGCCGACAACCAGGCCGCUGUCAAUGAAGCCCGUGACACUUCUCUCGCUCAGCCCCCUACGCGCGGGACAGGUCGUUUGAAAGGAAAGGCGCGUAAAUUGGCUAAAGCCAGUGCUUCAUCUGCGACUCAAAACAACAAUGUCAUGAAAACCUCGAUCGCGGUAGACCAGCUUGUGGCAUUAGCUCAAAACAUCUCUCAGGACCACGAAAAGAUGUCAAAGAUUCCCAAGACGAUCAUUACCAAGCUUGAAAAGACUAUCUCCCUCCGCCAGGAUUAUCUCGGACUCUAUGCAGCCAGACCGUCACCCAAAGAUAUCAAAACAAGCCCACACCUUCAAGAAGAAAAUGCGUCACAUGCAUAUUUCGUUCGCGUCCUUGAACGUGUACUACGUAUCCUCAAACCAAAAACCCCGCCGAGCCAAGAACUGAAUCCGAAACCGAUGGAUCUCUCCGCUGCCGAGUCUUUGAAAGCUGUUCACAACACGAACAAUUUUCAUGUCUUAGAUGUUGAAGACGUGGAGUACGAGGAUGAAACUACUCAGAAUCCAACUCCUGCGCCGAAGAACGUAGGCAAAGGGGCCAAUCCACCCAAACAAGCUAUCCAGGUGAAAGCAAGUUUGGAAGUUGAGGAUGAGGAUGCCGAAGCUAUGUUCGCCAUCUUUUGUCUUUUUACUGAUAUGCAUCGACUUCAAGUGCUUGUCCGAGAUCACUGGAAGCAAUACAAGGCUGGAACGCUACCUCUUGAAACAGUUUCGCUCAUGUCCAAUAUGGCGAUUGCGGCUCUUCGACAAACCGAAAAGGAUUUCAUCAGCACUUUCGGACACCUCCUUCCUUCCCCGCCAACAUACAAAUCUAUCUCUUUACUCAUUUACAUUCAUUUUUGUCUACAAAGAGGAUUGGAUCCUGCUUACCAAGAUGAUCCCAGCGAUAUGUACAAUCAUGGGAUGGCCGAUAUUGGCGAGCUUAUUGGCCUUACAACUCAUAGUACGCUCAUGUCGAUCCGCGACAUUGUCCGCCCAAACUCAAUUCCUUGGUCAAUUCCGGGUGUCUUUGGUGUUUAUGAUCGCAACGCUGAUCGCUCCAAGAUGUCAAUCCGAGAGACCACAGCCCAAGAUCGAGUGAUUUUAAUUGAGCUCUUCUCAGAGUUUUGCGUCCUGGAACGCUGUAAAGCCUCCGAUCGAUGCGAAGACGAAUUCACAAAGGGUAUCCGAAAACUCUACGAUACCAAGAACAAUGAAAUUCCGAUCUGGCUAGUCUUGGCUGCUCAGAUCUUUUUGGACUCUAACUCAAUCCUUGGUCCAGAAGUGACUCGACCGUUCGAGGAGCUUCAAAGGGCAGCCAAACAGGUAGACCUCAAUCUCGACCGAUUCUUUGCGUCGAGACAAGGUGUACCCGACUUCGACUUAUGGACCGGAUCAAAGACUGCCAUACUUCGUCACUUCCAAAAAGAAACGGUACAGGAAUCCAUCUUGGCAGACACGCUGACAGAAAUGAAGAUCUUCUGUAAAAACAGUGUUGACCGUCGGACACCUGCUGGCAAUCAAAUUUACAAUCAGAUUGACAUCGGUCAACCCUUCAAUCUUCGCAAGCAACAUCCUCUUCUGUGUGGGACAGAACUUCUUGCCCUGCGUCUUCUCUCUCAAGAUAUGGGCAUUAAUGUAGCUUGCACUUGGGGAUCUAUAGUGUACACCACUCAUGCGUACAAUGCUUUUCGACAAACUGAAGCCCUGGACGUGGAUUGGCCUCUGAUUGAAUGGGUCAUCUCAUAUUUCACACCUGAGAGAAUGUUUGCUGGUUUCAGACCGCAGACAAUAGAAGAGUGUUUCAAAAG